AUGAACAUCCAUACGAUCUUCAAUCCAAUAAUACUGCUUGUAAGGAUAGUUGUAAAUUAUAAGGAAUUUUUCGACAUCCUGGAGGCAUGGCUGCUGUCAACAAGGCGCCAACUCAGCCACCUCACCGGUUGCAAGGCCUGCUUUCUUCGUUUCAGGAAGAUGAGGAACAGAAGCCUGGCUCUGAUUCAGCAACCAAGCCACAGCCGCGAAAUUGUGGAGCCAAAGAAGUCGCUGGCUCACAGCUUUCCAGCCGGGUCGUACGCGGUGACCCAGAUGCUGCUUCAGCUUGUAGGCGCCACCGAGGUGGUCGUGGUGGCACCCCGAGAGGCUGCUGCGGGUUCGUGUAGUGCGGUCCCGGUGCCUCUUCGAGCCCGCUGCGUUCGUGUGGAGCAACUUCAUGCGGGUCUGCAUUUGAGGUUGGAUGCGGGUUUGGCCGAGGCGCUGGAGCCGGGUGGUGGACCCAUGGGUCGCUUCCCCGUUUCGGGUCCUCCCGCCGCCGCCAGCCUGCUACGGCUGCUGGGCAGCUCCCUACGUACGGCAGCCGGGAUGCGGCUGUUGCGGUCCAGUCUGCUACAACCCCUGGCGGAUGUGGGGACACUCAAUAUGAGGUACGACACUAUUGAAGAGUUGAUCGAGGAGGACACGCUCGCUUUUGAUUUGGGUCAGGUGUUGGCGCUACUGCCAAAGGAUCUUGACAAGAUGUGCUACAGCCUGGCGGCGGCGGGUGGCAGCGGGCCCCCGGGGGGUGGUGGUGCCGGGGCCUUCAAGUCGGCGGCGGGUAACGACCCUGGUCGCGCUAUCGGCGGACUCGUGCAGUCGCUGCUGCUGCUUCGAGAUAUCCUGGCUGUCAUGGAGCCGCUGGCUAAUACUCUACAGCCUGCUCGCAGCCCCCUGCUGACGGCAAUUCGUACAAACUGUACGGCGCCGGGUUUACUAGCCCUGAGGCACCGAGUGGAUGAGGUUCUUGACGAGGAAGCCACCGGCGCUGCGGCGCGUGGCUCCCAGUUCAUGUCGCGUAUCCAGCAGUGCUUCGCGGUACGUACGGCAGCUGCUGAUGCGUGUCCUCCGGGUCCCGGCGGAGGGCUGCUGGAGAUGGCCCGCGGGUCGUUGUGUCGGUUAACGGAAUCCGUACAUGCUUUGGGGGCGCGGUGUCGUACAGCAGCCGCAAGGGCUUCUACCUCACCCUGCCGGCUAACGCUGGAAGGGGCGGUGGCGGCGGCGUUGAUGGUUCUGGAGCGGCGGGGUCCCGGCACAUUGCUGCUCACCACUCAUGAGCUGAACGCGCUCAACGCCCGGCUAAGAGACGCCACGUUUGACUGCUUGCUGCUGACGCGACAGCUGCUAGAGAGUGUGGUUUCGGAGGCGUUUGGUCAGCUGGGGGCGUUACAGCGACUUGCGGAUAGUCUGGCGUUACUGGACCUGAUGGUGGGGCUGGCGGAUGUGGUUGCCAACGGACCCAUGGGUCAGUGCUGCCGCCCGCAGCUACAACUAGGCGGACCGCUCGCCAUCGUACAGGGCCGGCACCCGCUACUGGCCGCCAGGAGCUUCCUUACGGGCGGAGGAAGUGGGGGAGGAGGUCGCGUCCAGGCUAACGAUGUCUUCGUGAGCUCCACUGCCCCCCUCCACAUCAUCACGGGACCGAACAUGUCCGGAAAGUCCACUUAUCUACACCAGGUGGGCCUCCUAGUGCUCAUGGCCCAGGCGGGCUGUUGGGUUCCGGCGCAGUUCAUGGCGCUAAGUCCCUUUACUGCGCUGCUGGGAAGACUGAGCUUCGGGGGAGGCGGGGGAGGCGGGGGCCUUAUGGGUCCGGAAGACGACCUUGAGUCGGGGAGCAGCAGCUUCCUAGCGGAGAUGCAGGAUGCCGCCGCUGUGCUGGCGUCAGCAACGCCGCGGAGCCUGGUACUGCUGGACGAGCUGGGACGAGCAACGAGUACGGCCGACGGUGUGGGCCUUGCGUGGGCGAUUUGUGAGGAGUUGAUGACCCGUGGGUCGGCCACCCUGCUGGCCACCCACUUUCCCCAGCUGGGCGAGUUGGCGGUGCUGUACCCUCAGGCCCGGCUAUGGAAGCUGCAGGUGGACACGUCAGCCGGCUCGCUGGAUUUCCGGUGGCUGCUACAGCCUGCAGCGGCAUUGGACUAUUGCCAUUACGGAUUGAUGCUGGCUGAGGCCGCAGGGCUGCCAACCAGUGUGGUCGUGGAAGCACGCAGGGUAGCUGAGAUGUUGGAGGAGGUGGAGCGGCGGCGACUGGAGGUCAGUGCCGCCGGCAGCGGGCUGUGGGCCGUGGCGGCAUCUGUGUGCAGCAAACUCGCCGUCAUCGCUCAGCAGUGGAAAGGGGGAUCCGGUAGUAAGUCAGUGGAGGCGGAGAAGCAGGUUCUGGAGCUCAUCCGAGGGCUCCAGCGGGAGGCGCUGGGGGUGUCCCUGAGCCAGCUGGAACAGGAGCUCGGCAGCAGGGCGCCACAAGAACAAUUGGCUGUGCCUGUCAGUUGGGUGCUUGUAUGUUGCCGGUCGACGUAA